UGCAGAUCUGAAGCAGUGAAGCAGCCGAAGCGGCGGCUGCCACACCUCAAGGGACGAAAGCACUUCCAAGAGCAGCCACUCCAUUUGCUUGGCUAUCAGCCCCUCGCUGCUCUGGUGUCGCUGCCCUGAGCGGAUUGGUGGCAUCAAAGAGAGCUGCAUUAGCCACACGUCGACACCCUCAGAGCGGACCUGUCUGCGCCUCUGUCUGAUGAUGAAGCAACUGCCCUGAUGGUGAUGAGUCGGCGCGACGGAUUUUUCUUGGCCCUCGUGCUGCUGGUGCUGGGCUUGCUGCAUCUGUCGCGAGCGGAACAUCUCUGGUCAGCGAAUGAAGUGACGGCCAUCGAGGAGGAGGAGCAAGUCGAUGUGGUCUCAUACGAGGCAAUCGCCGACCCUGAGAGCGUUGAGGCCGACACGGCGCUCAAGCAGCUGCUGCGGCUGAUUAUUACAUCGGAGGCAAGCCUCGGCUUCACCGACAACCCCGUCCGCCGCAUCAAGCCCUUCUUCGCGAGGCGGUCGCUUUCUCCAUAUUCGCGCAAGCAGCGCCAGAAGAGGCGGGGCGCCUGGUACGCACAGACACCUCAGGCACCGAGGAAGACGGCGGCAACCGAUGAAACGCCAACGCCGCGGGUGACAUCAAAUGGCGACGAAACGAUGGUCACCACGGAGGGCGAUCUCAUCGUAAGGCGGUCUGCGGCCAGCAAUGGGACGGAGGGGGCGGGCGCAGACACAGCCGUUCUGGAACGCCCCAAGGCAGCGUCCAUCCGCAAGGACGACCUGCAGCAUGCGGCGAAGGGACCCGACGAAUCAGGUGUGCCAGAAGGGAAACCACUCGAUCGAUGACCCUAACUGAUCGGAUUCCCUGUCGGUUGUGUCUGUGUGUCAGAGAUGGAUGUGCUGGAUACUGGGUCCAUCACCGACAAGGAGGUGCAGAAGAUCGUCUCGGCCGCUCGCGAGAAGGUCAAGGAGGAAGCCUUCGAGAAGCAAAUGCAGGCGGUAUGUGUACACAGGAGAUCCAACGACGGCUGAUUGGUUUGCCCAUUCAUUCAUCUUGCGUGGCAUGUGCCUGUCUGCUUCAGGCGCUGGCUGGUCUCGGGGGUGCUGUGACUGGCUUCACGGGUGGCGGUCUGUAUGAGGGUAUCGCUGCCAACGGGGAGCUGCCGUGGGUGCCCUUCGUCAGUGCCGCUGUGGCCGGAGGCCUCACCACCUACGCAGGUACGGGCGAACAACGCGCACAAACACUCAGUCGACUGGCUGAUUCGUGGGCUGUGUGUGUGCUCUGUUUCAGGCCUUCAGAAGGGACCUGUUGGCGAGUUCGUGAGGGAGAAGAUUGGUGGCGGUGUGGCUGCAGUUGGUGAGUCGGUCAAGAGGGGGGCCAGCAGGGCAAAGGAUCGAGCACUGGACGCAGCCAAGAGGAAGCUCGGCGACACACGGGACUAUGCGGCGCAAAUCCCUGGGUAGGAAAUGGGCAUGACGGAAGAAGCUGACCAUUCUCCCUCUGAUGAACCAUAACGCUCUGUGUCUGUCAGUCGGGCUUCACGGUUUGCGGCCGACAAGGCCAAGGAUGCAGCGUUCGCGCUAGCAGCCGCACCAGGGUAAGCCGGAAGGUCAGCUCUUACCUGCAAUACCUCCGCUGAGUGUCAGUUCCCCGCCUUUGUGUGUGCAGGCGAUUCGGCCGCUUCGCAGCGGAGCAGGCGACGAGGGCCAAGGAUGCCGCUGCGUCAGCCGCCAAGAGGAAGGCCCAGGAAACUUCUGAAGCCAUCAGGGCUGUUCCUGGGAAAGUUCAGCAGAAGGCGUCUGAGGCUGCCGACGUAGGCCAACUACUCCACUGAGAGAGGACAAAAGCAAGCUGCAUCUCCUGCCUGCUGUGCCCCAUAUGUCCUGCCUUUCUCUCAGGCUGCCAUCAAGGAGGCGCAGGCGCUCCCAGGCCGCACAGCGGAGGCUGUCACCAACGUCGCCACAGCGACGGCAGGCGCAACCAAGAAGGUAAGCACCGGUCACAGAUGCCGCAUGACGCUGCAAUGAACACCAUGGCCAAUGUGAUGGAUCCUAAUGUGUCUGUAUUGGUUGGCCACGUGUGCAGGCUGCCCAGAAUGCAGCCGACGAGGCUAAGCGCCGGGCCACUGAGGCCGCCGAGGAAACCAAGGACAGGUGGGGAUGUGCCAGCCAACAUCUGAUUUGCCUCCCGUCAUGCAUGGUUGCCUCCCUGCCUGCAGGUUCUUCAAUGCGGUUGACUACGUCCUCGAAACACCAACCAGAGUAACCAAACAAGUCAAGGACGCACUCGGUAGGCCACGUGUGGCAUGGCUUAACACGCAGCGGGCGGUACACAAACGGACAUGCCCUCCCAAUGUUUGGCCAGGUAUUGAGGAAGCUCCCAAGCCAGCGCCAAAGCCGAAGGCCCCUGCAGCCCCCAAGGCGGCGGCGCCAGGGAGGCCCCUUGACGUAGGGGCGCCUGCUGUGGGGGCAGCGUUCGGUGGCGUCUUCGGCGGCGCACCGGAAGGGCCCAAACCUACGCCCGUCAAGACCAGAGUGGACGAGAAACCUCGACUGAACGGCAAGAAGGAACCGGUACGCAUACACCGCCUUCGGCUGUCGAGACUGGGUCAAUCCUGCGCAUCUUCGCCUGUUCUGCCUUUGCAGGUUGCCGUCGAACGGACUCCAGAGGGUGUGAUAAUCGUCAAGAGCCCUGAGGCAGCCAAAAGGAAGCCGGCUGCUCCGCCAAAGCCGGCCAAGACCACAAAAAAGGUGAGUGACGCACGUGAAAGAUGUUGUACUUUCUCGGUGGAUGUGUCCCUUGCUUGUGUGUGCAGCUCUCUGUCACUCCGGUGGCAGAGGAGACGAGGCCGCCGCCCAGGAAGGAGGUCAAGAGGGGGCCGGCACCCGAGCCGGCGGUGACCGGAGGCCUCUUCACCGGCGUCUUUGGGGGAGCACCCACUACAGCAGAGAAGCCUGUCACUCCAGUGAAGCCUGCAGUUGAAGAGGAGAUAAUCUCAGCCCCGAAGGCACGCAAGGCCCCCACCGGCCAGCCACCUCGAGCGGCAGAAGUGAAGCCAACAGAGGUGUGCAGAAACCCUCGUGACAGAGUGGUGUGUGAAAGAUAAGUGUCUGUCUGUUUCAGGCUCCUGUGCCCAAGGUUGCCCCCACUGCGGCGCCGACACCGACCAAAGUAAGACAACGAACCAGCGGGAAGGUCAACACAUCCAUCUACCUUCUCUAUUCUCAGGCCCCAGCUGUCGGGAAGAAGGAAGCGCCCAAGGAAGAGGAGGGUGGACUCUUCGCGGGUCUCUUCGGCGGUGCGCCGGCCGCCCCCGUUUCCAAGCCGAAAGAGCAGCCGAAGCCCGCUCCAAGUCCCGCACUAGCCAAGGCUGUUGCAGUGGGCGAGGCGCCAACUGAGGCUCCCCCGAGACCCAAGACCUUCCAGGAGAAGCAGGACGCACUGCGGUCCAUCCUGGCAGAGCCAGCACCAGUCAGGAAGGCGCCGCCAACUCCACCUGCAGUGACAGCUGCCAAGCCAAAAACCCCUGCGGCUCCCAAGGCCAAGGAAGUGACCAAGGUCGAGAAUGUCACACCUGCUGGGGGCAUCUUCGCUGGGCUCUUCGGCGGGGAGCCGCCCGCUCCCACGACACCCAAGGCGCAGCCAGCCAAGCCUGCUGCGGUGAAGCCCGCUGUCUCUCCAGCGCCGAAGGUAAGGAUGGUGGAUCACCAGUCACACCGAUCGCGACACAUUCUGAACACAUUAUCAGGUGUCUGCCCGUCCUGUUGCGAAACCGUCGGCUCCUUCCGUUGGUGGCCUCCUUGGUGGCGCUGUGACUGAGGCCAAGAAGCCUGCUGCUGUGCAGAAGGAGGUCCGCAAGGUCACCCCGGCCCAGCCUGGAUCCUUUGCUGCCCCCCAGGAGGUGGGACCCAAGGUCAGACGGCAGACAUCGCGGCCGCCGUCGAGGACUACAGCAGCGCUCACGCCUCCGAAACCAAUCGUGGCGGUGAGUCAAACCAUUGUGUCCGCGAUCUUCGCGAAGUCACGAGAUGGAUUUGUUCUUGAUGUUUUCAGGCUCCGUCUGCUGCUCCGAAGGUUGAGGCGCCCAAGGCGGUGGCUGCCAAGCCUGCAGUCAAGGUAGCUGCCAAGCCGACUGCACCUCCUGCAGCUGAGAAGGGCAAGGCAGCGCCGACCGAGGCACCAGUGGCAGGUCUGUUCUCCGGCCUGUUCGGCGGCGCCCCGGCUGCUGCGCCCGUCAAACAGGCUCCUCCGGCAGAGAAGUUUGAGGUCAAGAAGCCGGCUGUCUCAGCUGCACCACCAUCAUACGCUGCCCCGAUGGUACGCGAUGCGAACACCACAACAGAUGCGACUAACGUAUCUGCUUGGUGUAGGAGAUCGGACCGAAGCGACGAAAGACACAGGGGCGUCCCACGGUGGCCCUCAUUGGCGGCGGUCCCACACCUGCACCAAAGCCCAUUGUGAAAGCCCCGACAGCCGCGCCGAAGCCAGUGAUGAAGAAGCCAGAAAUCAAGAAACCGUCCCCACCAACGAAGGUUGUCACGCCCAGCAAGCCGAGCACACAGGAGGUGAGUUGUUGGCGAUCCAACGAAUGAUCAGAGAAGUUGAAAUGAUGCGGCUUUCUUGGUGUCGUUUUGCAACACUCCCUCUGUCAGGUCUCUCCCCUCGGUGGUCUGUUCUCGGGUCUCUUCGGCUCGCCCCCGGCCGCUGCUGCGCCCAAGAAGACCCCUGCGACCCCCGUCAAGGCCGAGAUCAAGAAGCCCGCCGCACCAAGCAGACCGGCGCCAACUGCCGCACCCAAGAAGGCGACGAGCGCGGCUGCCCCAUCGGCGGCUGGUGGCAUGUUUGCCGGGCUGUUUGGCGGGGCGCCAAGUACGACGACGGCGGCCAAGAAGGAGGUCCGCAAGCCCGUGAUGGCCACCAAGACGAUCGCCAAGCCGCCACCUGCUGCACCGGUAAGUCAGAGAAGUGGAUGGGCCAAGGUUGGUGAAGAGAAUGAUCCCUUGUCUGUGUGUCUGUUGUGGAUGGUGUUGGUACCAAUAUCAGGCUGCUCGGAAGGCCCCGGCUCCCACUGCUGCGCCUGUGCGAGUGAUCCCACGGACCCAGGCGAGCAGCACGCCAGUCAAGGUGCGCAAGCUGGGCUCAUCUCAGCCGGUGGGCCUCGCGCGGCCGGCCGUCACAUCGCCGCCCAAGCCCGCAGUCAAGGCAACUGCAGCCAAGCCCGCUGCUGCCCCUUCACCGGCAGUCGCCGUGCCCAGGACACUGCCCAAGGUCAAGGUGGAGGCGCCAGCAGCACCCAAGGCCUCGCGCAUCGUCGCGACACCCACCGCGGCACCCAAGAAGACCCCUGCGGCACCAGCCAAGCCAGCAACGGUGGCUGCCAGCGCCAAGAAACCAUCGCCAGCCGCUGCGCCGCCCUCGAGUGACAUUGGGGGCCUGUUCAGCGGCCUGUUCGGUGGCGGCCCGACUGCUGCGCCCAAGCCACUGGUCAAGGCACCGCCUGCGAAGCCCCUCAAGCAGACGGUCGCCGCGACGGUCGACAAGACACGGCUGGCCAAGGCGGCCCCACCAGUGGCAGCCAAGAAGACAGAGAUCAAGAAGCCGGUGACGCCCAGCAAGCCGAGCACACAGGAGGUGAGUCGUUAGUCAUUGAGUGAGUGAUCAGCGAACUUGAAAUGAUGCGGCUUGCUUGGUGCCGUUUUGCAACGCUCCUUCUGUCAGGCCUCUCCCCUCGGUGGUCUGUUCUCGGGUCUCUUCGGCUCGCCCCCGGCCGCUGCUGCGCCCAAGAAGACCCCUGCGGCCCCCGUCAAGGCCGAGAUCAAGAAGCCCGCCGCACCAAGCAGACCGGCGCCAACUGCCGCACCCAAGAAGCCAGUGACCACAGCAGCGAAGCCGACUAUCGUGGCAACGCGGCCAUCAGCCUCGUCAUCGAGGACGAGUGACGCGGGAGGCUUGUUCAGCGGCAUGUUCGGAGGUUCGCCAUCGAGCAGCACCAAGUCCACGCCAACAAAGGCCGCUGCCCCGAAGGUGAGGGCAAAUGCCCAUGAGCUGGCGAUCGUCCUACGUGUUAGCAUGUUUGUACGUUGCUGUGUCUACAGGUGAUUUCCCGGGGUCAGCUGCCGAGCGAGCCACAGGUCAAAGUCAGGAAGCUGAGGUCAUCUGGAAGCAGAAGUACCUCUUCCUCCGCUCCCAAGUCAUCACCCCGUACACCAUCCCGCCCCCCCGUCGCAUCCGUCACCCCCCCAAGAGCACCCCAGCCUUCACCGCCGGCCAGGCCAUCUCCACCACCCUCUAGCACACCAUCUGGAGGGCUGUUCGGGGGCAUGUUCGGCGGGGGAUCCAAGCCAGCUGCCCCCAGGACCGCCCUAACAAAGCCUCCCGUGAAGCCACCUUCCGUCGCCGUCAAGGCCACACCACCACCGGUCAAGAGGAAACCGGAAUCAAGUGGUGGAGGUGGAUUGGGUAAGCUGGCUGGGCUGCUCGGUGGGGCGGUGUCGUCGGCGCCGAGCAAGCCAGCGGUGAGGAAGGAUCCUGGUGCCGACAGCAGGCGGGCGGCGCUCAGUGGUGUGCUCAACGGGGGCGGCCAGAGGCAGUCCAGCAGCAAGGGCAAGGACCUCGACGUGCUCGAGAAGAAGAUACUCAGGAUAUACGAACAGUACCCGGUGAGGGGAGGGAGGCAACGACACGGGCAGUAGAGAGUCUACCAGUAGACAGACUCUCUAUUGCAUGGCGUCACGGUUAACUGUCUGCAUUUCUGGUGCGUGUGUGUGACAUUCAGUCGCUGAAGAAGGGGUACAAUCCACUGGAGACCCCCGAGCAGAUCCGCGCCGAGGCCGAGAGGAUCAGGAAGCUCUUCCGGGAAGCCAACACACCGCUGCCUUUCUGACUGACAUAGCCACACGUAGAUAGACCCGUAGAGCUCGAUACACGAGCAGAAGCUGCAGGUCAUCGCCCGAGAGAGAGAAAGAGGGACAAAGUCAGUCAGGGGGCAGCAUUUUUCAUGCGCGACCCGAACUGCAGAGAGGAGUGCCAUCCAUCCAUCCAUCCAUUCAUCCAUUCGUGGAUCCAUCGCUGGCUGUGGCAGGCAGGGAGGCAGGGAGGCAUGUACAGACGGGUGUUGAUUUUUGGUUGGCUGGUGGCGGGGGAGGGCUGGGGAAGAAGCGGGUGUUACGGUGCGGCAAGAGAGUGAGUCGCAUAUUCAUCCUUCGGGUAUCCAUCCCUUUUCGUUUCUGUUGGCGAUCGCAUCCAUGGCUACCUUUCUGUCUGAGUGAGGGUCUUGUGUUGGGGGGGAUUUUUCAUGCGGCCAAGCGCACCCACCGCCGGCCGAUCGAUCAACGUGGGGCCUUGCUUUCUGGACAACCGUGCAUAUCGCAUCGCAUAUCCAUGAGUGCCUGUACAUUCAUUCCGCCACUGACUGACUGACUGAUUGAGGGAUUCCAUUGGCUGAAUGGCUGGCUGGCUGGCGAAUGAAUUGAGAGGGCAGGCAGUGUUUUUACGUACGUGAGAGUGAGGGCGAGAGUGAAAGGUGUGAGAGCAUUCCAUUUUUUCUCACAGAGCUGUGUGGCUGCGACUGUCUUGAGCGGCUAUCUGGCUGCAAUCAUAUGGAUGCAAUUGUGCGUGCAGGGGCACACUGACUGACACGUAUGUAUGCAUCGACUGACAGACGUGGUAGGCCGAGGCCGAGUUUUUGCGUCCCUGCAUCCGUGCAGUUUUGCUUUCCGCUAGAUGAGAUGUGUCGCGUGUGCGGCGAUCGGGGCCCUUCCUUAUCACUUGUACGUGAGUGCACUGCACGUUUGUACGCCAUUGGUGGCCAGACACACGGCUAGGUGGAUGGCUUGCUGAGACGAGGCAUGGUGGAAGGCUUGUUGCGCGUUGGAUGGAUGGGUGGAGUGUUGUCUACGUGAAGACCUCUGCGGCCAUGUGCGUGUGUUGGUGCGCUGUGUGCCUGUCAACUCAUUCAUGAAUCUGCUUCACAAUGACGCUCAAGGUUGACUCACC